GCACAGAGAUGCACCGGGAGUCCUCCAUCUGGGCUGCUCGGGCCUAUCAGGAGGCUGAGCGUAGGAGGAGUUAAAUCUGUAUGCAUUACUCCAACAGAGCUAUUGGUUACGGGGCGGCCCUGCUCAGUGGCGUGGGUCGUACGACUUGACGCUCAGUUCUGCUCAUUGUCCAAGUUUCUCUAUGAAUAAUUAAGCCAGGGCUGUCCAUAUGUCCAGUCCUAAUGAGGACAUAACUUACAGCGUGUGCAGAAAAACAGCGAAAACUAGUCCUGCACAUGGAGCUGUCUGCUGGGGCUCACUAUUAAUCAGUGGUCAUUUUUGUAUUAUUAACAGAACAUAUGCAGCAGGAGGAGUGUGCAUGUCCACAGCUCGUCUGGAGGGGAAGACAGUCCUCAUCACUGGGGCCAACACAGGAAUAGGGAAGGAGACAGCCCUGGACCUCGCAGUGCGAGGAGCUCGGGUGAUCAUGGCGUGCCGAGACGUGGAAAAAGGAGAAGAAGCCGCAGCCAGUAUACGAGCCACGUACCCUAAAGCACAAGUGGAGGUUCGAGAGCUCGACCUGGCGGACACCUGCUCGAUACGAGGCUUCGCACAAAAGUUCCUCAGAGAAGUCAACCAGCUUCAUAUCCUCAUCAACAACGCCGGCGUGAUGAUGUGCCCCUACACCAAAACAGUCGACGGCUUCGAGAUGCAUAUUGGAGUCAAUCACUUGGGGCACUUCCUGUUAACGUCGCUCCUGAUCGGGCUGCUGAAGCGCAGUGCGCCGGCCCGGAUCGUGGUGGUCUCGUCUCUGGCGCACAACUUCGGCUGGAUCCGUUUCCACGACCUUCACAGCCAGGGAAGCUACAACAGCGGAUUAGCGUACUGCCAAAGCAAACUGGCAAAUGUGCUCUUUGCCAGAGAGUUGGCACGGAGACUCAAAGAUACCAACGUGACAGUGAACUCAGUCCACCCGGGGACGGUGAACUCGGACCUGACCAGACACUCGACUCUCAUGACGAUAUUUUUCACCAUCUUCUCCAUGUUCCUAAAAACCCCGCGGGAAGGAGCACAGACCAGCAUCUACUGUGCCGUGGCAGACGAACUGCACUCAAUCUCUGGGAAACACUUCAGCGACUGCGCCCCUGCCUUCGUAGCCCCACAGGGAAGAAGUGAGGAGACGGCGAGGAGACUGUGGGACAUCAGCUGUGAGCAUCUCGGUAUCGAGUGGAACUGAUUCAACUUUUAACCGCCAUCUAUCUCAGUUCUCAAAGGAGUCCUUACUUUUUCUUUCAUCAUUCAUUUCCUUAUGGUUUCGAUGUUCUGUACUUUGAGUGUUUCUUACCUAAUAAGCAGUCAGGUAAUACUGUAAGAGGUACUAUAAUGUGAAGUUGCUUUUUUGUGUAAUAAUGCAGUAAUUACAUCAUAAUAACUUGAGUAUUUUGGUGCUCCGGAACAGCUUCUCAAACCAAAACCACUCGACCAUAUUAUCAUGUAAACACAAAUAACUUUUUGACUCUAUAUUUUUGUGACACAAUGUGAAUACAGUGUAGGCAAAAAAGCAACUUGAUGUGUUGUAAUGCUGUAGGAUACUGUGAAGGGUCAAGCCAGGGUAAAUGACCAGCAUCUUUAACAAAUAUUGUGUUUUCUUUCUUUCUUAUUUCUGCAGAAUUUGCAGCUAAAUCGCUUGACUUUUGUGCCAGCAUUUCUAAACAAUUGCAGGGGUUCUUACAGUGUUUCCAGGUUGAUAUAAAAUUAGUAAACUAUUUAAGAUCAGUCUGAGCCACGAUUACCGCUUGAAUCGCAUAAAUGUAUUUUGUGAUAAUUGUAGUCAAUGUAGGUUAUAAGAAGGUUUUUCUAUUUAAUCUAAAUCAGACUUAGAUCCUGUCGUUGCAAUAUCUGCAGAGAACUUUUCGCCAUUUGCCAAAAACUGCACAUUCCCGGAGGAUUUACAGUUUUACAUUUCUAAGGAUCUCCCGUGUCAUGUUUCCUUUUUUUCAGCAUUCACAGACAAGGUUGCCAAGAGUUUACAUUCUGUGUUUUAUACAAGUGAAACAUGCCUUUUACUACACUUAUAUUCAUGUUAAGAGUUGAAUGUUUACAUAUGAUGUAAAUAAACCGAGAUAUUACUAUAUUACUAAGGGUGCUUGUACUGAUCCUUUGAAAGUCUAAUUUGAGAUCAACAAAAUGUUAUCAGCAAAGAACUGGAUGAUUAAUAGAGAAAAAACAGAGAAAUGGGUGAUCGUAAAUUAUACAUACAUAUACAAUACAUUUUUUUUUGUUUCAACAAUACUGUUGUUAACAUGUGGUUAGGUUGUUUUUUAGAUAGAAAAAAGCUCAUAUUUGAGCUUAAAAAACAUGUUUUAGGGCACAAUCAAGGCUGCAUAAGAGACCAGUUUCUUGUUAAAAAAAAAAAAUUGUGCCACCAUCCUUGGUAGAACAGAAAUGGGUCGUUUUUAGGCGAAAAAGCCGCUGGAUAAACAGCAAUAGGUCGCUAAAAAGCAUGCAGGUUUUUUUUUGAAGAGAUUUAGCAUGAAAGCCAAAGCUAGCAGCUUAGCUAACUUAACUCCCAUAAAAACCUGAAACGGGGAAACCGCUCGCCUG